GCCGGAGCCGCGCUCCCGCGUCCCGCAACUUCCCCCGGAGCCCGGCGGAGCGCGGCAUGCGGGGCAGGGGCUGCAGGCGGCGGCGGGGCCGGCAUCGCGCUCCCCGGACAUGAAGCGGCCAUCGGAAGCUCCAGCAACAAGUGCAAAGCUAAGUGCACAAGUCAUCUGUGGCAAGGAGCACUGGGAGACAUCUGAAAGACAGUGACAAUGUCUUUAAACUGGUGGACACUUCCUACUCGACUUGGAGUUGUUAGAGCGAGCUGCAGAGGACUCGCAUGCCUCUUGGUGUUCACCGUGAGUGUUUGUGGCAGUGCCCCAGGGAUGUGUCCAGCAGCCUGCAUCUGUGCCAGUGAUAUCAUCAGCUGCACUAAUAAGAACCUCACUCGAGUGCCAGGAAAUCUUUAUAAAUGUAUGAAAAGGCUGGAUCUGAGUUAUAACAGAAUUGGGAUUUUGGAGCCUGAAUGGGUCCCAGUGCUGUCUGAGAAACUGAACACUUUAAUAGUCAAUCAUAAUAGCAUUAGCAGCAUUAGCACUGGAAGCUUUUCCACAACUCCAAAUCUGAAGUAUCUGGACUUGUCAUCCAACAGCCUGAAAACGCUGGGCAGCCCUGUGUUUCAGGAGCUAAAGGAGUUGGAGGUUCUCCUGCUGUACAACAAUCAAAUAACACAGAUCGAGUCCUUAGCCUUUGGAGGAUUGUACAAAUUACAGAAACUGUACCUAAGCUACAACUUGGUCUCGCAUUUCCCACUGGACUUAUAUGUUGGAAAACAUAAACUGACAGACCUUGUGUUGCUGGACAUUUCCUUUAAUCACAUCCAGACGAUGCCUGUUCAGCGCCUGAGUUCAGUGCCAGCCAAACAACUUAGUGGAAUUUAUCUUCAUGGCAACCCAUUCUAUUGUGACUGUGUCCUGUACUCCAUGCUAGUCUUCUGGUAUCAAAGGCAUUUCAGCUCAGUCGUGGACUUCAAAAAUGAGUACAGCUGUUUGUUGCAGUCAGACCCAAGAGAUCAUAAUACACUGCCUUUACUGCACGACAGCAGUAUGAAUUGCUCUGAAAGUACCGUCAACAGCUCUUUCCAAGCCUUUGGGUUUAUUCAUGAUGCCCAGGUUGGUGACAGGCUGGUUGUACACUGUGACAGCAGAAUCAGCGAUAUGGGCACACAGUUUGUAUGGGUUAGUCCAGACAAUAGAUUGCUGGAGCCAGACAGGGACACCGAUAACUUCAAGGUGUUUCCUAAUGGCAGCCUGGAGAUAACAGAUGCCCAGCUAGAGAACUCAGGGCUGUAUUCCUGCAUUGCAAUAAAUAAGAAAAGACUAUUAAAUGAAACCGUAGAGGUCAGAAUAAAUGUUAGCAAUUUCACAGCGAACAGGUCCCACGCUCAUGAAGCAUUUAAUACAGCUUUUACCACCCUUGCUGCCUGUGUGGCCAGUAUUAUUUUAGUGCUGCUGUAUCUCUACCUGACCCCCUGCCCGUGUCAAUGUAAGGCAAAAAAGAGGAAGAGGAAGCUGAACCAAAGCAGUGCCCACCCGUCCAUACUGAAUUCCGCACUGCCGCAGGAGCUGCCAGCCGACGAGAAAAAGGCCAGCACUGGUAAACGGGUGGUUUUCCUGGAACCAGUGCACGAACCAAAACAGAGUCAGAAUGGGAAAGUAAAACUGUUCCCCAAUGACAGUGUCAUUACAGAGAGCAUUUUAAAAACUACUCGAACAAAAUCCGACUCUGACUCUGUCAACUCUGUGUUCUCAGAUACACCUUUCAUGCCGCCAGCUUAGUUUGCUGCCUGUGUUUGUAUCGUGCAGUUCCAUUUCUGAAUACCUCCUUUGCCUGUAGCAAACCAUCAGGACAAACAAAUAAAAAGAGAUUAAAUGUUUUAAAAAAAGGUAUGUUUUGUCAGUCCUUGAACUGCGUCUCCUCUCUUUAUGGGCCAUGCAGCAGGGAUAGCUCGGUCGGGAAAAGCAAACAGCUUGUCAUUACUGUGAAUGGUUUUAAUGCAAGCUCAGCCUCAGUUUUACUCUCUGGUCCAUACACAGCAAUUUCUCAUGCAUGUUUAGAGACACUUCCAGUGCAUCCAGCUGACUCUGCAGAGGCAGAGGCUGAUCCCUAUGCAACACCCAGUCAUGCUGAUAACUCAGCUCUUCUGAAGUGUGCACAGAAACAGCUUAUGGCUAAGGAGAAAAAUGUCCAGACUUCCUGCUAUUCCUUUCAUAGCCUCAUAAAAUCUUUACAUAAAAUCACUACAGGAAAAAUGUCAUGAUUUUUCUUGGACUGCUUGGCACAAAAGGAUUGAAUUUGCCGCCAGAACACCUAGCAGCACUGGGUAAAUGUUUGUGGCUUUCAGCUGAUAACGUAUUUGCAAAUAAUUGCUUGAAAACAUUAAAUGAGGGGCAUCGUAAUAAUUUUAUUCAAAACAUAGUCAUGAGAUUACUUGGGAAAUGUGUUUGUAUUUGUUUAUAAAUGUUUAAUGUAAUGAAAACAGGUAAAAGUUAAUAUGCUACCUUUGCAGUUGCCUCAGUCAAAAAAUGAAAGUUGUCAGGCAUGAGGACAUACAAAUCAGCAGUAACUUUUUAACCUGUGAUAACUGGAUUAAUUAUAACCAAUUGUCUUAACCUUUGCUGCUCACUGUAUGCUUGGCAUCACAUGUGGUAAACAAAUCUGCCACCAUCAUCAGGGCUUCUGCUUCAUCUUAGGGGUGAGUGACUUCUCUUC